GACUUGUACCUAUUAGUCAGUCAUUAGCCAAUAGAAGCUGUGAAUAGACGUUUUGUACAAUGUUCAAAGUAAUAGCUCUAACCUUAAUAUACUUGACAGUUAAUACAGAUGGUGCAAAGAUAUUAGGAUUCUUUCCAACACCGUCUAUAAGUCACCAAGUAGUGUUCCGUGUUUUGAUGCACGAACUCGCAAAACGUGGCCACGAAGUGUACGUUGUGACCACAGACCCGGCGUUCCCUAAAGGUAAAGCCCCGAAAAAUCUAACUGAAAUAGACAUCCACGAUAUAUCAUAUUUGAAAUGGCGGGAAGCAGUCCUAAGUCCAGAAAUGACGACGGGCAAUAAAAACGAUAUGAAACAGCAAAUCGCUGUUAUGUACGCAAUUAUAAUUAACCUGUUUGAUGAACAAAUCAACACAGAUGCAGUGCAAAAAUUGUUGAAUGAUAAAUCAUUGAAAUUCGACUUGAUAUUUUUGGAGUCAUUCGUUCGACCAGGCCUUAUUCUCUCUGAUUACUAUAAGGCACCUAUUAUUCUUAUAACUUCUUUCUUACCUAUAUAUAAUAACAUGGAAGUUCUUGGGAGUCCUGUCCAUCCAAUACUUUACCCGUUGGGAGUUUGCCGCCAAAAAGUCAACAACCUUUCGGCAUGGGAGAAAAUAACCGAACUUUAUAGCUAUUAUAAUGUUUUAAAUUAUGUCGAUUCUUAUGAUGAUAGAGUGAAUGCAAUAAUUAAGAAAAAUUUCGGGCCAGAUGCGCCCUCUGUUUACGAAUUGCAAAACAAUGUUGACAUGUUGUUUGUGAAUGUACACCCAAUUUGGGACAUGAACCGUCCCGCACCGCCGAACGUAAUCUAUUUGGGAGGAUUGCACCGUAAUCCAGAAAAGGAUUUACCAAAGGAUCUCAAGAACUUUUUGGAUUCAUCUGAACACGGCGUCAUAUACGUCAGUUUUGGCACAAAUAUUGAUCCAUCACUGUUGCCUCAAGAAAAAAUUAAAAUGCUUGCAAAUGUACUCUCUCGUACACCUUACGAUGUCAUAUGGAAAUGGGAUAAAGACGACUUUCCAAAUCGGCCCAAAAAUAUCAAAAUUUUCAAAUGGUUACCGCAGUCGGAUUUACUCAGUCAUCCGAAAGUACUAUUGUUUGUAACGCAAGGAGGUCUACAAUCAACCGAUGAAGCCAUAGCCGCUGGAGUACCGCUAAUUGGUCUACCAAUGCUUGUAGAUCAGUGGUUUAAUGUUGAACAGUAUGAGCGUCUCAAAAUAGGAUUGGGGCUGCAAAUGGAAGAGCUCACGGAGGAGAAAUUCAAGAACGCUCUCGAUACAGUUUUAAAUGAUAAAAGCUAUCGCAAUAAUAUAAUAAAGCUUCGUACAUUGAUGGCCGAUCAGCCCCAGACUCCACUACAGCGUGCCGUAUGGUGGACGGAACACGUGCUACGCCAUGGUAGCGGGAAACACCUUCGGUCUCCAGCCGCCAACAUGUCAUGGAAAGAAUACCUGGAAUUAGAACUCGUUGGAUAUGUACUAUUAACUAUAUUGACUCUAAUAAUUAUCUCGGUAUUUAUAUUUGUUUAUUUAUAUAAAUUUAUCACAGUUAGUCAUAUUUCAGAUGAACAUUUAAAGAAAAUCAAUUAAAAAUAGUUUAAAUCAAAUUAAAAAUAUAUGAAUGUAG